CAACUCCUCCUCAUUCACCAAGUCCCUCAGCAGAUAAGAGAGCAUGCUGAGGACAGCCAGCAGUCCAGACAGCCUGCGCUCCCGGACCCCGAUGAUCACCCCCGACCUGGAGAGCGGCACCAAGCUGUGGCACCUGGUGAAGAACCACGACCACUCAGACCAGAGGGAAGGAGACAGGGGGAGCAAGAUGGUGUCUGAGAUCUACCUGACCAGACUGCUGGCCACAAAGGGUACGCUCCAGAAGUUUGUGGAUGACCUGUUCGAGACCAUCUUCAGCACGGCGCACCGAGGAAGCGCCCUGCCUCUCGCCAUCAAGUACAUGUUUGACUUCCUGGACGAGCAGGCAGACAAACACUCCAUAUCAGACUCUGAUGUGCGGCACACUUGGAAGAGCAACUGUCUUCCACUGAGGUUCUGGGUCAACGUGAUCAAAAACCCCCAGUUUGUCUUUGACAUCCAUAAGAACAGCAUCACAGACGCCUGCCUGUCUGUGGUGGCUCAGACCUUCAUGGACUCCUGUUCAACAUCGGAGCAUAAACUAGGGAAGGACUCGCCUUCUAACAAGCUGCUCUACGCUAAAGACAUCCCCAACUAUAAGAACUGGGUAGAGAGGUACUACUCUGACAUCUCCAGGAUGCCGGUCAUCAGUGACCAGGACAUGAGUGCGUACCUGGCGGAGCAGUCGCGCCUGCACGCCAACCAGUUCAACAGCAUGUCGGCCCUCAACGAGAUCUACUCCUACAUUGUCAAGUACAAGGAUGAGAUCUUGUCGGCUCUAGAGCAGGACGAGCAGGCGAGGCGACAGAGACUGAGGAGCAAGCUGGAGCAGGUCAUCGACACAAUGGCCCUGAGCAGCUGAGGGACCAUGCUACACCUCCAUCUCCUCCUUCUCUUCACUCCUCCUCUCCAUCUGUGUCUCUCCCUCGCUCCUCUCAACCAGACAACAAACAAAACUCCAACCCCCAACAAUACGACAGACGAACUGCAAAAGGACUGACGCAGAAUACUGCAAAAUGGGGGGGGUUCGGCAGAGAUGGGCGGACCUGUGUACGCUUACAUGUGUAUGUGUGUGUUUGUCUGCAGCCCCCAUACAGCGUGUGGGCUCGUGUCUGUGUGAGAGACUGGGACACCAGACGUUUUCACACACGCAUACAUGGAGAAACAUGUCAACUGACAGCAUUUGAUUAUUGUGGAUAUUGGUGUUUGUCGUUUGCUUGAUUUUGAUUUCUGGAGUUUUGUCGUGAUGAAACGAUGGUCAGGAAAGAAACAAUGAAAGCCCGGAAAAGGAACUCCAUUUAUGGCACCACUCGCAGGAUGGACCAAUCUGUGAUGAGCCAAUGGAGAAAGGCUCUCUAGGUCAUGUGAAUCCAACGUGUCACAGUUUUAAAGGAUGUUAGAUUUUUCUCUUUUUCUUUUUUGUAUAGAUGUAAUCAACUGCCCACUCUCUGAUCUCUCGCCACUUGUAUUACUGCUGAAUUUGCACAAUUUACAGAAACGUUACAAAGGAAGACGAUAUAGAUAUUAUAUAUAAAUACAGCUACCUUUUUAAAGAAAGAAUAGGGAGAAAAACAUUUUUGUUGUUUUUUUUCUCAUUUCAAACCAACUAACAGAAUAAAAAUAAGAACAAUAGAACAUGAUUUGAUAUUUCAAGUACAAAAGAAAAAACAACGUAGACAAAAAAAACUACGAAAAAGAAACAAAAAACUCGUACUGUGCCAUGUUUUCUUUGAAUGUUGUUUAGUGCAAAGACAUUUUGUUAGAUGGAAUAUGCUACCGUAUGAUUUUAAAUAUGAACAUGCCUAGUGACUGAAAUGAAUUGUUUGAGUAAUGACCCUUCAAAAGAUCCUUGUUGAAAAUGACGGGAAAGGACACAGAGAUGUCAGUCUUCUCGAGUUAGGACAGUUCACGGCGGCGAUAACAUGAAGAUGCUGUUGUGUUUAAUUCUAUCAGUGCAAUCGUUUGGUUUCAGAAAAACAAAAAUAUACUCACAGGAUUGUUGCUUUAUCAUGGCCACGUUAGUAUCCAGCGCCACAGCUGGUUCUCUAAGGGGGAAGAAGUGACAGUCGAGUGGAUCGUGUUUCGGUAACUGAAUAAUGAAGUAGCUACAUUGCACUACCUGAUAUAUUUCCAUUUUCCCCAAUACCACAUAGCCACCAUAUCUAACCAUGAGGAUUCAACAGGACCCCAGUUUGUGUAACCCACCCAUGAAGGGUCAUGCAUUAUCCAAUAGUCCUGUAAGAGCAAAGCCAAAGUCUUGGUGCUCUCAGACGCUGUUUACGUCUUUACAGAAGCAACAGUGAGGUCAGGUAGAGCUCAGACCCUCAGUGGUGAAACAAAGUGUGGAGAGCUGUUUUCAGCCGCUUUUUUCUCAAUGUUAAUACCCCCUAAAGAGGGACAUGGAAAAUAUAUACUGAGUGUUUCUCUCCACCUCUAACCUAUCAAUUUGAGACAGGGGUUUUAGCUUUUCUUUUUUUUUCAUAGUGGGGGGUAUAGGAAGAUACGGAGGUGAGACGCCUCUGUUCAUUAGCUCCACAAAGCUGAGUAAUCCUCCCCUUAGCCUGCAGCUCUUGUUUCAGAACUAGCCUUUUGCCAUGUGUGGCUUAAGCCCCUUUUUUAUUACUGCUCUCUUAAGAACAUUUCUCUGUUUCUCUUUUUUUGAAGUCAGGGUUAUUGACUUGGUGGUGAGAAAUACUAUUCAUUUUUUUUUGUCUGCUUGCCGAAAAACCAAACUGUGGUCUGUAAAAUGUUUUUGUUUUAAUUUGUAAAUUGUAUACUUUUUCAUAAUGAACAGAAGCUGUUUGCCAUUUUUUCGUAAUCAGGUAGUUUUUUUCGUCUUUUUAUUUUUGAACAUGUAAAUUGGACAUUUUACGGUACACAGAAGACAACAUUUUUGCUUUGGUUUGCCUGACAUUGAAGUACUUGACCGAACUCAAGGUUUAUUUCCCUGAUCUUAAGGAUCAAAAUGAAAUUGUUGCAUCAGAUGAGCAUCUGUGUCUUUGUGAUAGAAAUGUGACUUGCUGCUUUAACUCUUGUACCUUGUUUUUCUAUCAAACAUUAGGGCUGUCAUUUUGUGCUGAUCAUAAAUGCUGUCCCUUUCUAUUUUUACGCCAGGUGUUUGAAAAAAAUCUCUCAUAUCCACGAAAAGUGAGCACAGCUCCCAGAUUAAUGUCAACAGCACCAUUUUGUUUACAUGUCUUAGAUGUGACAUUGCUUUCUACUGCUGCAGCUACAUAUGAGCCUAAUUCAACUGGAUACCUGUAGGGACUCAAUAGUUCACUCUAUACCUACCAAAUAUAUCUUGAGGGACCACUGCCCAUUUUAGUUGUUCAGUUGAUAAUGGUGGCUAGACUCAUUACAUAAUAUCUGUUAAAAUCAUGAAUAUUGAAGAGUACUGCAAAACCUCAAACAAACAUUUAAAAAAACAUGCUUUUUUUCUUGUUCAGUAUACAGCUGAGGUUUUGCUGCAGUCGUACAUUUGAUGCUCUUACUGUAGAUAGCAUCACAAGAGCUCUGUAGUGCUGUAAACAGCAGUAUGAGCACUAGGUACAGUAGGGAUACAUCCACCUGCUACCUGCAAAACAACACAGAGUAAAGUCUGUGUCUGGUUGAUGAUCCAUCAGGCUUUAUUUUCAGGACACUUGAACAUUCUCAAAUCAUUCUCAGGUUCAUGAUUCAUUUGUGUCGUAUUUUGGUUGUAAUUUGGUUGGUUAAAUGAGUGCUGCGGGAGUUGGCUAGUUUAUCGUUUGCAUGGCUACUUGCCUUUUUAAACAAAGUGUGAGAGAAACUUACCAGUCACCAUUCUUUAUCCUUCGUUUUGCACAGUUUGGUGUGAUAAUUGGCUCGUAUUUAGUGUUGUGGAGGUGGUAUACAGCAUGUCAGUUUUAGAGUGUCAGGAGGAGGCAUCAGGUGACUUAAAACUUGUACAACAUGACGACUGCAGUUUGACAGAGUUACUGGGUAUUAUGUUGUUUUUCUGUCAAAAUGAACAAAUGGCUUCAGUGUGAGCCAGCACAUACUCAUGUAUCUCAUGUUUAAUUCUCAGCUCUAAAGACAUGCUUGGUCAUACUUUUGCCUUCCCACAAAAAAGAAAACAUAGUUGAAUCAAAUGCAAGUCCUGGCACCAUUCUGUUUUCAGUUUUAUUUUCAGGCUUUCUUCCGAUACUGGAAAAUUCAGUGGUUUUCCUUUUUUUUUUAUUAAUGGAAGUUACAUAAAAUUCAAGGAAACACAAAGCAAAUGAAUUUCAGGCAAAGGAAUUUUAAUACUACAAUAACUCUGAUACAUUGUUAGAGUUUCUGACUUGAAGCGACUGUCACAAGUUUGCAGGUUAACAUUCAUUGUGUAAAUAUUCUGUUAUUUCCUAUUUUGCAGAUUUACUACUUGUAAAUAAACACGCAUCAAGGAGAGAUUAAACAUUUUUUGCUAAAUAAAA